AUGGUGAGUCGAACACCCUCAGAGAACAUCAGUCGAACAGCAUCAGAGAACGUCAAUUGUACAGCCUCAGAGAACAUCAAUCGUACAGCCUCAGAGAACAUCAAUCGUACAGCCUCAGAGAACAUCAAUCGUACAGCCUCAGAGAACAUCAAUCGUACAGCCUCAAAGAACAUCAAUCGUACAGCCUCAGAGAACAUCAAUCGUACAGCCUCAGAGAACAUCAAUCGUACAGCCUCAGAGAACAUCAAUCGUACAGCCUCAGAGAACAUCAAUCGUACAGCCUCAGAGAACAUCAAUCGUACAGCCUCAGAGAACAUCAAUCGUACAGCCUCAGAGAACAUCAAUCGUACAGCCUCAGAGAACAUCAAUCGUACAGCCUCAGAACAUCAAUCGUACAGCCUCAGAGAACAUCAAUCGUACAGCCUCAGAGAACAUCAAUCGUACAGCCUCAGAGAACAUCAAUCGUACACAGCCUCAGAGAACAUCAAUCGUACAUCCUCCAAGAACAUCAAUCGUACAGCCUCAGAGAACAUCAAUCGUACAGCCUCAGAGAACAUCAAUCGUACAGAACAUCAGAGAACAUCAAUCGUACAGCCUCAGAGAACAUCAAUCGUAGCCUCAGAGCCUCAGAGAACAUCAAUCGCCCAGAGAACAUCACAGCCUCAGAGAACAUCAAUCGUACAGCCUCAGAGAACAUCAAUCGUACAGCCAGAGAACAUCAAUCGUACAGCCUCAGAGAACAUCAAUCCAGAGAACAUCAACAGCCUCAAAGAACAUCAAUCGUACAGCCUCCAGAGAACAUCAAUCGUACAGAACCUCAAAGAACAUCAAUCGUACCUCAAGAGAACAUCAAUCCAGCCUCAGAGAACAUCAAUCGUGCGUACAGCAACCUCAGAGAACAUCAAUCGUACAGCCUCAGAGAACAUCAAUCGUACAGCCUCAGAGAACAUCAAUCUUAGAGAACAUCAAUACAGCCUCAGAGAACAUCAAUCGUACAGUACAGCCUCAGAGAACAUCAAUCGUACAGCCUCAGAGAACAUCAAUCAGAACAUCAAUCGUACAGCCUCAGAGAACAUCAAUCGUACAGCCUCAGAGAACAUCAAUCGUACAGCAUCAAUCUCAGAAAACAUCAAUCGUACAGCCUCAGAGAACAUCAAUCGUACAGCCUCAGAGAACAUCAAUCGUACACCUCAAAGAACAUCAAGGCACAGCCCCUCAGAGAACAUCAAUCCCUCAGAGAACAUCAAUCGAACCAUCAAUCAGCCCCAGAGAACAUCAAUCGUACAGCCUCAGAGAACAUCAAUCGUACAGCCUCAGAGAACAGAGAACAUCAAUCGUACAGAGCCUCAGGAGAACAUCAAUCGUACAGUACGCAAUAGAGAACAUCAAUCGUACAGCCUCCAGAGAACAUCAAUCGUACGGUCUCAGAGCAUCAAUCUAUUGCAGCCUCCAGAGAACAUCAAUCGUGCAGCCUCAGAGAACAUCAAUCGUACAGAACAUCAAUCAGAGAACAUCAAUCCAGAACAUCAAUCGUACAGCCUCAGAGAACAUCAAUCGUGCAUCCUCAGAGAACAUCAAUCGCACAGCCUCAGAGAACAUCAAUCGCAAGGCCUUAGAGAACACUUAAUCGUACAGCCUCAGAGAAACAUCCUGUACAGCCUUAGAGAACAUCAAUCCCUCAGAGAGAACAUCAAUCAAUCAGCCUCAGAGAACAUCAAUCGUACGGCCUCCAGAGAACGCAUCAAUCUACAGUCUCAGAGAACAUCAAUCGUACAGCAGCUCAGAAGAACAUCAAUCACAGCCAGAGAACAUCAAUCGUACAGCCUCAGAGAACAUCAAUCGUACAGCCUCAGAGAACAUCAAUCGUGCACCUCAGAGAACAUCAAUCGUACAGCCUCAGAGAACAUCAAUCGUACAGCCUCAGAGAACAUCAAUCGUACAGCCUCAGAGAACAUCAAUCGUACAGCCUCAGAGAACAUCAAUCGUACAGCCUCAGAGAACAUCAAUCGUACAGCCUCAGAGAACAUCAGUUGGGGAACAUUUGAGAAGGUCAGCCUUGUUGUGGAUGGCUGGUCCCGUCCACUAACACGGGACCUCAGCUACACAUGGGGACAACACGGCCAGUACUUCUCCCUACCUUCUAUCACGUCCCCGACCUUAAUAUCAAGGACGCCCACUCUGAUGUUUGGUCGACUGGGGACCCACCUACUCACAGGAUGGCCGAGGGACUUAACCACCAACCGUUGA